AUCUCAGGUUCGCACGACCCUAUUGACUUGUUAUGCGAGUACUUUGACAGCAAUCCGCCAGUCGUUCGGAAAUCAUGGUUGAGGAAAGACGACUGUACCGAGGAGCGGGCGUAUCUAAACAUCUUCAAUUAUGGACCUCCUAAGGUUGUGUAUUCAUAUUAUUAUAUUGCCUAUUUUUUCCUCUGGGAAUAUAAUCAGUUUCUCACAACAGGCGGCAAAGGGAGUAACGGAAGGACAACAAGACGAUGUGUUCAAAAACGAGUCGUUGGCAGUGAAGCACAGAACAGCGAGAAAAGCUACCUCGAAUAAGGACAGACUCUGGCCUGGUGGAAUAAUCCCCUACAUUAUACAAGUACCGUCAGCAAAAGACGCUAUACUAGAAAGCUUGAAAAUAUGGGAGGUUAAAACUUGCUUGCGUUUUGUUAAUUAUGACGAAGAAAUAAAAUCACGCCUUGGACAUUCUCAUCGAAUUUCAUUCGUUACAGGAAAUGGGUGUUCUUCAACGAUUGGCUCAAAACGAAAUGGUGAACAAAUUAUUUCUAUUGGUAAUAAAUGUGCUAAUGUAUUGACUGUGCUACAUGAAAUUGGGCAUACGAUUGGACUGCACCAUGAGCAGGAGAGAGCAGACAGAGACAAACACGUCCGGGUAUUAUGGCUAAAUAUUCAAGAAAAUAUGGCCUACAAUUUUGACAAACGUUCAACUUUAACCACAACGCCAUAUGACUACAAUUCGAUCAUGCAUUAUAAGCGAAAUACUUUUAGUGUUAACUCGAACCCAACACUCGUGACACGAGAUCCUCUGCUGCAAUACGACUUAGGACCAACAAAUGGUGUAACCUUCUACGAUGCUAUGAUGGUGAAUCAUAUCUACAGUUGCAACAGAAACUGUGCUUAUAAAGAUUGUAAGAACGGUGGGUAUGUAGGCCCAUAUCCCUACUGUUAUUGCAGUUGCCCUCCAGGGUUUACGGGAUUUCUAUGCGAAGAAACCGAAGAACUUAUUCACAUAAAUGAAUGCAGAUACAAAUUGACACAUAAAUCUGGAAAAAUUUCAUCUCCAAAUUUUCCAGAAAAGUACAGCAAUAAUGCUAAUUGUUUAUGGUAUAUUGAGGCCAAACCUCGACAGAGGAUAAAAUUGACCUUCAAACAUUUUUUAUUAGAGGAUUCUCGAGAUUGUAAACGUGAUUACGUAAGCGUUCGUACAAAAAACAUGUACGAAGACAAUCAUCCACGAAUGUGUGGCCCUGGGUUUCAAAGACAUUUUAUCUCGGAAGGAAAUAAGAUGUUAGUUUCUUUUAAAUCUGAUUACACCUUUCAAUCAAACGGUUUCCAGGCAACGUAUACAAUUACUGACGCAGAUCCUGAUAUUGUUGAUUUCUCGAACUGUUUUGGGAGAAGCUGUUACGUGUUUAUUGAACAACCGUUAGCCUGGCAUUUAGCCGACACAAUGUGUCAACAGAUUGGUGGAAACCUACCUGUCAUCAGUUCUGCUGAAGAGAAUGAUUUCAUUAGGUUGAGGUUCGGGGAGUUGAUGAAUGACCGGUUGUUUUGGAUUGGUAUGGCGUUCAUGAAUCAGCGGGACAGGUGGCAGUGGGUUCGCGACGAACACUCGUCAUUCUUGGGAUGGACAAAAUAUUCUCAGCCAAGCAAACACGAUACAGGAUGUGUUGUGGUCAGCGUGUACGGAAAGUGGAACAACGUGGGUUGUAACAGCAGAGGUAUUUCAACGGUAUGCGAGACGUACGUUCCAAGUUCUGUACAAGCUAAAUGGCAGAAAUGGGAAGAAUGGGAGAGUUGUUCGUUGACGUGUGGCGGCGGUACACAAAAGAGGAAGCGUCAGUGUAAUUUACCCGGGAUGUGCGAGGGUAAUGCGGUAGAGAUGCGCAGUUGUAAUCUAGAGAUGUGUCCAGGGUCAUAUGCUCAGAAUAGACCCGCCUCACAGAGCAGUACGGAGGGGGACGCCGGCCUCGCAGUUGAUGGUCAUUUUUGGGCUAGAUCACUGUUGAAAAGUGCUUGCAGUCGCACACGUCAUCAAUGGGAACCAUGGUGGAAAGUUGACCUGGGAGUCCUUCUGCUCGUCCAUAAAAUAACAAUUACCAAGAGAGGCUACUUCUCCGGAGCUCUUUUAGGCGCCGUUAUACGAAUUGGAAAUGAGUCCAGUUCAUUUCGGUCAAAUCGUAAAUGCAAUCAAGCCCUAACCAGGGCAGAGCUAGACUCAAAAUCGCAGGUAACUCAAAAUUGCCGUCAUUCUAGAGUCGGCCGUUACGUCAGUAUCCAACUGGAGAAGAAACAUGGAAGCCUUGAACUUUGUGAAGUACAGGUGUAUGCUACAGGUAUUAUUUUAUUUUAUGUAUUUACAUUUUUGGGAUCAGAAAAUCAACAAAUAUAUAACAAAUGUAGACACCACCAACGAAGAGAAUGACUCACAUGUGAAAGUACAUCUCUGUAUAAUAAUAAUAACUAGCAUAUACCCGUGCUCCGCCCGGUGUUGAAUGAGUAGGGAAAGGUGGCG